AUGUAUACAACCAGACCCUUAUCUCUUUAUCAAAAUUCCCCUGAAGCCAUGAAACUACUUCCUGAAGGUCCGAAUUCGGGUUAUUUGGUUCUUCAAGCUGAUGUAUCUACUCCAACAUAUUUUUUUGGGAUGUUCAAGAGUAUCGAGACAAUCAAGAGUUGGCCCAUCGAAAAUCUACCAUUUCCACAAAAUAAACUCCUUUCAAUCUCUCAUGGUGGUGGUGGUCCUGUUGCCCCUGUUGUUGAUCAUGUUUACAUGAUUCCUGUCAUCAGCCAGCCACUCUCAUCGAACCGAUAUUAUGUCAUCAAAGCAAGUGGACAACAUAGAGGAGAAGCAUAUGCGAGCUCAAAAGAAGAAGACAUAGUUACUUGCUGUUUUUGCUUACCAUCCAUAACAGAUGAAGAUCCAAGACCCUUUGAUCCAGACGACGUAUAUCAGCAGUUCGAGUUCUUUGUAACAGAUUCUAGUCGCAACACAUACAUGCCCAUAGCUAUAUCCUUAGCACCUAAUGGUUACCCUCCUGAGUUUUUACGCUCAUAA